AUGCUCGCAUUCCUCUCGCUCAUUGCCGCCCCCAUGAUGGCCAUGGCCGCCAUCACCAUCGACAAGCCCAACGCCGACGUCUACUGGGUCGCCUCGAAGAACAACACUCUCUCGUGGACCGCCGACGCCGACGCCCCCGUCGCCUUCUCGGUCUGGCUCUCCAACUCGAACGGCCUGCUCGCCAACGACAUCAAGCUCAAGACCUUUAUCCGUCCCAACUGCACUGCGUUCCCCAUCUUUGGCACCACUGGCAACCCCGCCGGCGAGGGCUACAUGAUCAAGCUCUACGCCUACAACGACCCCAACACCGUCUACUCGACCUCGGACCAGUUCACCCUCUACCCCUGGAACACCACCGUCUACGAGACCCCGCCCGCCGUGUCCAACUGCGCCGCCAACACCUCGACCACCGCCGACGUCGAGUCCAACUCGACCACCUCGGCCUCGGUGUCGGACGCCUCGGCCGCCCAGUCGUCCACCACCUCGCUCGCCUCGGGUGCCGCCGCCACCGCCGCCGCUACCACCGGCUCGUCGUCGUCGUCGUCGUCUUCUUCGUCGUCGUCGGCCGGCCGCACCACCGUUGUUGGCGCCGGUGCCGUCGUCGCUGCCGCCGCCAUGGCCCUCGUCCUCUAA